CAAGGAGUAUCAAAAUAUCCGAGGAUUGUUUUUUUCUUUUUCUGGACUGAAUUUCGAAACGUAAAUUUAUUACUCCUCUCUUUUGUAAUUGUUGUCUGGAUUUUGUUCUUCUGCCACGCUCCCUGUGGACUCAUCGGAUCGAGCUCCACAGAGUAACGAAUCGACAGGCUUCUGGUUCACUACAUUUCUAGGGUUUCCAUAGCUUGAAACUCAUCAACAUCAACACACCAUUUCUGAGAAAUUUCUCCAGUUAAAAUAAAAAAAAUCGUCUGUUAUUUGAAUUGGUGGGUUCGGCAGCUCAAAACCUCAAGCAAUGUACAGUGGGUCAAGCGAUGGCGAAGGCCCUGAGGCUCCGGCGCAGCAGCGAAAGAUUCCUCCCGCAUCCUCAAUGCUUUGGGUCCGAAACCUCCGUAGAUACAUCGGAUCCGGCGCUGGCCUCGGCUCCGAAGCCCUAAUGGAGCUUGAAACAAAAAGAAUCUUGCUAGAUAUUUUUAAGGACAAGCAACAAAAGAGUGCUGAAGCUGGCACUAUUCCUAGCUUCUAUAAGAAGAAACCUGAAGAAGGAUCUAUUAGUCAUAGGGUUCAGCGGCUGGCAAAAUACCGAUUUUUAAAGAAACAAUCUGACCUUUUGCUAAAUGCUGAUGAUUUGGAUGCUAUGUGGGUCUGUCUAAGAGAGAACUGUGUGAUCGAUGAUGCAACCGGUGCAGAAAAGAUGAAUUAUGAAGACUUUUGCCACAUUGCCUCUGUCUGUACAGAACAAAUAGGGCCUAAAUGUCGCCGCUUCUUCAGUCCUUCAAAUUUCAUGAAGUUUGAGAAGGAUGAAUCAGGGAGAAUUGCCAUUCUGCCGUUUUACCUUUAUGUGAUGCGCACAGUUUCACUUACUCAAGCCCGAAUUGACAUGAGCGAGCUUGAUGAAGACUCUGAUGGCUUCCUUCAACCCCAUGAAAUGGAAGCCUAUAUACGGGGCUUGAUUCCUAACCUAGCACAGCUUCGAGACAUGCCAGCUGCUUUUGUGCAAAUGUAUUGCCGUAUAGCUGCACACAAGUUUUUCUUCUUUUGUGAUCCCCAUAGACGAGGUAAGGCAUGCAUAAAGAAGAUAUUGCUUAGCAACUGUCUUCAGGAGUUGAUGGAACUUCACCAG